GACGCUGUGGCAGGUGUGGAGCGCUAGUAACAGCUGUAGCAUGCUCCCAACGGGCCGUUGGAGGUAAAAUGCUUAAUCGCCAUACCUACCGACUUAGCACCGGUAUCAGUCUAUCACGAAUGACGGGCGCCCCGGGAGCUUGGAUCCAUCUUUGUUGGAGCUUCAUUAUACGACAAGCUGGAACUGGACUUGGUUCGGCCUCGCAGACAACCUCAGCCAUGUGCAGAAACCGCCAUACAUAGUCUGUGUCUCUAAUUAUGCGGUCGCAGGUGACUCGCCAUGUCUUGCGACGCCCGCCGCCUGCGACUCGGGGCAUGGCCACGUCGAGUCUCAGUUCACCAGCUCCCCGACCCAGCUUUCGCACAUACCCUGUCGGCUGUCGAGUUGCCAGAACAGUACAGCGAAGAUCCUUCCUCAAGCUAUUCCAAAAACCCCCUCGCAUCCUGAAGGAUAUUGAGGCCGAGCCGGGCUACGAAACCCUACUCACGUACCGAGCUGCUCAAAACGAGAAUCUUCGACUACCCCCAAUCCCCGACCUGGUCAAAGCAUGGCGAGAUUUUUUUGGCUAUAAAGCGAGGUACUACCGUGUAGUAAACUCUACGCAAGCCUUGUGCGCACAUCAAGUGCUCGAGUAUUUCAUCCAGCGCAGUGCCGCUGAGGAUGUCCCGCUCUCCCUAGACGAUAUCCACAUGGCAAUGCAAUGUCUGGAGAGACCCCCAAGAGAUGACCCACAAGCUCAUCUCGAGCUCUCGAGGGCCUUGUUUAGGGAGGCAAGGCGAAGAGAAUUGAACAUAGAAUCCGGACGUUUCCACAAUGUGACCUUGGACUUCCGCCUCAAGGACCAGCUUGGCCAGUCAAAAUUCCUGCACUCUCUCCUAGUUGCACUGUCGCAGUAUGGGAGAGCAGUCGAGGCCAAGGAUAUUUUUCUGGGCAGUCUUUCAAAUGCGAAGCAACCAAGGCACAGCUUGCUUCCCCUCUUACAUGGCCUCGCAAAAGAAGGACAAGAGCAGGCGCUCCGGGAGGUUGUUAGAGAAGUGGUGAAAGCUGGAGUUCUAUAUGACGUUAGCAUGCAGGGUGUUAUGACAAGCUUUUUUGCGCAGCGCGACAAUUUUGAGGAAACUAAAUUCUGGUGGGCAAGACCCAUUCGUAGAGGAUCACACCCGGCACCUCAAACGUAUUACGAGAUUCUCCAGUUUGCUCUUCGCAAUGACCAGCGAGAUUGGGCUAUGGAAAUAUAUGAAGAUCUUAUCGCUCAACUUGAAACUGGUUCCUUAGGCGAGUACAAAAGUUGCUGGGAUGUUUCGUUCCAGUUUGCUUUCCUCCUGUUAGGCAAGGGAAUUGACCAAAUCGAGCACAUGUUUAACGUCGCUUUGGACCAUACAAAGGAUAAGCCAAAAGUUCAGCCAAAUAUAGGGUCCAUUAAUGCCCUCAUUAGGUGCGCCAUUGACCAGGAUGACCCAUAUAUGGCCGAACGAUUUAUCUCGCUAUCUAAGAAAAUGGGAUUUCAACCAGAUAUGUCGACCUACAUGUUGCAACUGGAGUACCGACUUCGCGCCAAAGACCAUCAGGGCGCAUAUACGACUUUCCAAGCACUGCGCGGCCUUGAAACAACUUCUAACGAGAGAGAGCUGCCUAUUCUUAAUAAGUUAAUACGUGGCUUAUGUUCAUCUUCAAGACCCAAUUAUGAAAAUAUACUUGACGUGACGAGCUAUUUAGAGCAACGGCACGUAACCUUGGAUCCAGAGACGGUGGUUUCAAUAUGCAUGGCUUUCAUGAAGAACGACGAGACAUACGAAGUCAUUGAUACUCUCUCGCUCCAUACGGCACAUUACAGCAUAGCCGAGAGGGAGAUGGUACGUAAGUCCUUUGUUGAAUACUGUUUGGAUAAGAAAAACAGCACAGCAAGGGUAUGGGACGCCUACGCUCUCCUUCGCCAAUUCUUCCCUGAGGUCGAGACUGAGAAUCGAGAAUCCAUCAUGGACGCUUUUUUUGAUAGGCGACGUCCAGAUAUGGCCUGCCACGUUUUUGGCCAUAUGCGUUCACAUGACAGUAUACGGCAUAGGCCAACAUUAGACACUUACGUCCGUUGCUUGGAAGGACUUGGGCGGUGCCCAGACGGGGAAAGCUUGAAGAUGAUCCACAAUAUGGCGAAAAUGGAUACCACUAUACAGCUCAACACACGACUUUACAACGCGCUGAUGAUAGGCUACAUUGCGUGCGAUAUUUCACACAGGGCACUUGACUUUUGGAAGGAGAUUACCACAUCACCUGAAGGACCAUCCUACGCAACUCUUGAAAUUGUCUUCCGCGCCUAUGAAGCACAACCCUAUGGCGACGUACCUGCCAGGGAUCUUUGGGCCAAACUUAAUAGGAUGGAGGUCGACAUACCAGAACACGUCUAUGCAGCAUACUUGACAACAUUAGCUGCCCAUAAUCAUUUGCCGGACGUGAAGGUGCUUUUAGACGAUUACGACAACAUCAUAGGGAAACGGCCAGAUUUUCUAACCUUUGCCUACGUGUAUAAUGCCUUGCCAUCCCAGGACGUGAAGGAGGAUUUUGAGUCCUGGGCGGAACACGAAUACCCACCACUUUGGAGGUCCCUUAUCAAAACGCAUCAUCGGAAGAAAGACGAAGACGGACUGCUGCAUUUUAAGGUCUCGCAGCCGUGGAAGGCAUGAAUCUGUACAAUACAAUUUUAUACAUCAUGGAUAUUUGCUAUCUGUACAUAAUAAAAGCGGCAAGAUGUUGUAUAUCCGAUGUUGUCCUAAACUCUCAAGGCCUUAUUCUGGGUAGCUAUGUGUUGUGCAAGCAUUUUGUCUGGCCCUUUCAGUAACAGUUCGGGA